GGUACGAAGAAGGAAGCAGGAUGCAUGGCGGGGGGGGGGACCUUCAGUUGGUCCAUCAACCACCUCCAGCGUGACAAUCCCCUGUUGUGGCCCCAAACAAGCCAGCAGAGCCAGGUCUUCAGAAUGCUAGGGGGUAAGAGCAGAUCUCACCCUAGGGAGCAAGAUGUUCCAAAGAGCAGGAGCCAUAAUAGAAAAGACUCUUCUGCUGGACCAUGUCAGCCAAUUUUCUUGAGCAAUGGGGUCUGCAGCAUGGCUCAUUUGCCUUCACAGAUCGGGUGAUCCUGUCCCAUUGGGGUGAGACUCAGUGUGUCCACCCAGAUAGAAGAUCUGGCCAAAUGCCUAACCAUUCUGCAUUCAGCUUGGAGCAAUGAAAAAUGAGUCAAGGAUCAAGUUCCAGAUGCAAGUUUGAGCUUCAGUGCUUUCUAAAGUAAGGAGCAGUAAGCAGUCAUUGGAUUUUGAAUGCAAGUCAAUAUGUGGAAAAAACACUCCGUCCUUUACCUUUUGGUUUUGGCCAUUGCAAUAAUCAAUGCAGUUUAUGGACAAAACAGAAGGAAGGGACAAAGGUUAAGUCCUCUAGCAAGAAAAGACAAUCUUCAGGAUUCUGUCUGUUUUAUUGACAUCAUCUUUGUUCUGGAUAGUUCUGAAAGUGCAAAGGGUAUAUUAUUUGAUAAGCAGAAAGAGUUUGUUAUCCUCUUAAGUGAUAAAGUCUUCCUUAUAAAGCCCACCCGUGCUCUCAGAUAUGACAUCAAACUGGCCAUCAUGCAGUUCAGUAGUACUGUCAGAAUUGACUACCCUUUUUCAGUGUGGAGAAACCUGCAGAUUUUUAAGCAAAAAGUCAAUGAAGUGAGCUACAUUGGGCAUGGCACCUAUUCCUACUAUGCUAUUUCUAAUGCAACUCAAUUGCUCAAAGCAGAAGGUCGUAAAACAGGCAUCAAAGUGGUUUUGCUAAUGACUGAUGGUAUUGACCAUCCCAAAAGUCCUGACAUUCAAGACAUAUCAGAAAAGGCCAGAGCUCUUGGAAUAGCUUUCAUUACUAUUGGUUUGUCUAAUGAUGUCAAUAAAACCAAGCUGCAUUUGAUAUCUGGUGAUUCUCCAGGAAAGUCUGUAUUCAUUUUGAAUGAGUCCAGCCUUUCAGAUAAAAUAAGGAACCAGUUGGCCACUUUAUUUGAAGAGAAGUGUGGAAAGAGCUGUGAAUGUCAGAAAGGCGACCAAGGGCCCCCAGGACCACCUGGUGGCCAUGGAGGAAGAGGGGAUAAAGGUAUGCAAGGACCCAAGGGACAAAAGGGCGAGGCUGAGAAAGGAGAACCUGGUGAAAAAGGUUCAGAGGGAAACUCUGGAUAUAAGGGAGAAAAGGGUGACAGAGGAGAAUGUGGAACACCAGGAUUAAAAGGAGACAGAGGUUUAGAUGGCCCUCCCGGCCCCAAAGGACCUAGAGGCCCUCAGGGUAUUGGUGGCCCACCAGGUGAUCCUGGCUCAAAAGGCAUUCAAGGAAACAAGGGAGAGCCAGGACCAGCAGGUCCUUAUGGUCCUGCAGGAAUCCCCGGAAUUGGAUAUCCAGGACCUAAGGGUGAUAGAGGUCAAGAAGGAAGAAUUGGGCUUCCAGGACCAACUGGAAUUGGUGAGCCAGGUUUAACAGGACCACGUGGUCCUGAGGGCAUGCAGGGUGAAAGAGGUCCACCAGGUGAAGGGCUUCCAGGACGGAAGGGAGAUAAAGGUUCUGAGGGACCUGCUGGACCAGUUGGAUCUCCAGGCAUAUCCAUCAAAGGAGAUAAGGGUGAACGAGGGCUAGAAGGUGCACAGGGCCCAAUGGGACUACCUGGAACUGGCAUCCAAGGAAAUCAGGGUAUUCAAGGGUUAAAAGGUGCUCCUGGUGCAAAAGGGUCACGAGGAUUAGGACUGCCUGGACAAAAGGGAGAAUUGGGGCUACCUGGACAAAAAGGAGAUAGAGGAGCACCAGGAAUUGGGCAGCCUGGACCGAAAGGAGAUCCGGGAAAAUCAGGAUUUACAGGAGAAAGUGGGAAACCAGGAAUACAAGGGAUACCAGGAAAAAAGGGAGAACAAGGGCUGCCUGGUCCAAGAGGCCCAGAUGGAAUUCCAGGGACAGGGCACUUGGGUCCAAAGGGUGAAGAAGGUCAGAAAGGUGCCCAAGGAUUAGAUGGACCACGAGGUGUUCCAGGCCCUCCAGGACCAAAGGGAGAAUCUGGAAUCAAAGGUGACAUUGGUCCUCCAGGACCUUCAGUACGUGGGCUACCUGGCCCCAAGGGUGAACAAGGAUAUCCAGGCCCUCCUGGAAAUGAUGGAAGUCCUGGACAUACAAUUAUGGGACCUAAGGGUGCUCCAGGUGUUACUGGACCUCCAGGACCACCCGGGGCCAAGGGAGAUGGCUUUCCUGGUCCGCCAGGAUCUCAAGGAUUGCCUGGCUUUCCAGGACCAAGAGGCCUUAAAGGAGCUGGUGAUCCGGGACAAAAGGGAGAACAAGGAGCACGAGGACCACCAGGGCCUCCUGGACAAAGAGGAGUGGGAAUACCUGGGCCAAAGGGUAUUAUGGGACAAAAGGGUUUUCCUGGCCCGCCAGGUGCACCAGGAGACAGCAUACAAGGAAAUAAGGGAGAGCAAGGAAUUCAAGGUUCAUCAGGACCAAAGGGCUCCGUAGGAGUUGGAUUACCUGGUCCAAAGGGUGACUAUGGAGAGAAGGGAGAGCAGGGAAGGAGAGGUAACAAAGGAGAAAUUGGAGAGCCUGGCCCUCAAGGACCAAGGGGAUUUUCAGGACAAAAAGGUGAACCUGGUCUUACUAAAGAAGAAAUAAUCAAACUCAUUAUGGAGAUAUGUGGCUGUGGUGUUAAGUGCAGAGAAAAUCCUUUGGAGCUUGUGUUUGUGAUUGACAGCUCUGAAAGUGUUGGGCCUGAAAAUUUUGAAAGGAUUAAACGGUUUGUAAAAACUAUGAUAGAUGCUAUCACAGUCAACCAAGCCACAACCCGCAUUGGCAUCAUCAAUUUUAGCCUCAAAGUGGAGGUGGUGUCCACGCUGCAGCAAUUUCCUAUCAAAGACAAUCUGAAAAACGCUGUUGAUGCAAUGCAAUACUAUGGGGAAGGCACAUACACUGCUACAGCUAUCAGAAAAGCCAUUGAUAUAUUUCAGAUGGCUCGACAAGGAGUUAGAAAAGUGGCAGUGGUAAUAACAGAUGGGCAGGCAGAUCAACGUGACCUACAUAAACUGGAAGAAGUGGUGAGAGAUGCCCAUGCGCUCAAAAUAGAAAUAUUUGUAAUUGGAGUGGUACAGAAGACUGAUCCCAACUUUGAAAAUUUUCGAAAAGAAAUGGAUCUAAUUGCUACUGAUCCAGAUAGUGAUCAUGUCUACCAGAUUGAUGACUUCAUGACUCUGCAAGCUCUUGAGGAGAAGAUUUUCAAACAAAUUUGUGAAAAUGAUUUAAAUUCCUAUAUCACCAAAAUGCUCAGUUCAGCUCUUUCUCCAAGAUUUGAAACCAGUGAACAUGGCAGUCGGGUAGCCAAAAUUGAUCUUCCUGGAUCAUACACCCCUCCACUUCACCCAGAGACUUUUUCAAAGAGACCCAGUGAGAAAGAAGCAUCAUAUUUGGAUCGGGAUCAUAAUGUUACCUCAACCACUUCUAAAUAUAUUUCUGAACAUCAUAUUCAGCCAGUCAGCCAAGAUUAUUUGGAAUCCAGCACUCAUAAUCCGAAUUCAACAGUUGUGUCUAAUGUAACUAGACAUGUGCAACCUACACCAGCUGUGGUUCCGCUUCCUACAGUAAUACAUGUUAUGAAAGAAACCAGGUGUUUAGAACCAAUGAAAACUGGAAGCUGCCGAAAUUAUAAAGUAAACUGGUUUUAUGUCAAGGAUACAAAUUCUUGUUCCCGAUUUUGGUAUGGAGGUUGUGAAGGCAACCAGAAUAGAUUUGAAACCGAACAAGAGUGCCAAGCAAUUUGUGUUCAAGGAUAAAGAAAUCUCAAGUGAAAUCUCAAAUGAAGCCAAAGAUUGCAUAAUCAUACUAAAAGAAGUUCAAAUACUGUAUUAAUAGUACUUCUACAAUAUAUUUGGUGCUUUUAUGAACCAUUGAUCUUUAUAGUAUUAUAAUAUGUUAUAAUGCUAUGAUGUGGUAAGGUAUAGAUUAUAGUGUAAUACAGUAUUGUAUCUUUAUAGAUGAUAGUUUUACUUGAUAAAAAGCAGUUUACAUUUAUGCUUAUUGAUCCAUGUUUCAGGAGCAAUUUUUAAGAAGCUAGAUAACAAAAAUUGGAAUAAUUAGCCUUCAUAGAAUAUUCUGUACCAUCCAAUCUACAGAACAGAAUGUGAAUUUUAAAUCAUCAUCAGAAACUGCAACAGCAACAAAUAGAAAACUUUCUUGUAAUUGGGAACUUUCAAAACAGAAUCUCUCCCUAGAGAUACAGCUCUAAUUAUUUUCCUACAUCAAAGCAUAUGUAAUCUUGCAGCUAAGGAUAAUGAAAAUCUGAUUAUUUGCUAUUUCCUCUUUGGUCAUCUUUUUUCAGGUGCCAAGAUCCAACUAUAAUUGUAGCAAAAAGCCACAGAGAAUAAUUCAUAGUGAUCUACAUGUGUCCUGUUUAUAUCAAGACACCAUCCUGCCAAUUCAGUAAUACAUUUUAGGACCAUCAAGAGUGGUUUCUUAUGCAAAAAUCUCCAAGCAAAACAGACCAGUAUUUUGAACAUUAUUAUCAUAACUCCAUAUACUCUUGUUUCUCAGGGGUUUUAAACAAAAGAGGAAAAUAAAUUCAUAGUAAAUGUCAAAAUUAAUUAUAGAAAAAUAGGGGAAAGCACAGAAAGAUGUUGUUAAGUAUAUUUUUUCAUACUGUAUUUUCUUUUUAAACCUUACCUCUUCACCAAAAGUACUGUAUAUGCUAAAAUUGAUAAAUGAUAAUUAAAUGUAUAUCA